GCGCGGCGGCCGGAGCUGUACUGAGGGCGGCGCGGCGGGCUGAGGCGGACUGCGGCGCUCCGGCAGCCAAUCAGCGGACAGCGGGUGGUACCACAAAGCCGCGGCAGGAGGGGUGUUUCUGCGUUGGUACUAGCUGCCGAGCCCUGAGGCCUUCUCAGGCCCCUCUAUUCCCCCCUCCGCUAGCCGUACCAUUAUUGAGAGGGAAUUGAGAAGAGAAAGUACCAAUGCCAAGAUCACGAUCGGGGAGGAAACGGAACCUUCUCGCUCCGUCUUAUUUACAAUCCCAUUUCUCACUUUAGUGGGUCUGAUGGAAUUUGCGGUUAGGAAACGAAAGAGGAGGGACCUUAUAAACACAGACUAUUUGGUUAUGCAAAGCUUUUCUUUCCCUACAAUUUCGAAUGGUACGUCCUAGCUGGCGUGCUUUUGCUGCAGAGUGCUUUGGGCCACCUGGGGGCGUUCGGAGUCGGCGAGCUCGGGGACAGCGAGUCGUGACCAGCUCGCGUACCUCAUCGCCUCCCGGUUUGUUGUAACUGUCUCGCCGAGUAGCAAACAAGGAUGCUGGAACAAAAGGGUGCCUUAAGACGAAAUCGUACACAAAUCUGACCCUGAGAAUGUGGCGGGGCAGAGGGAUCGAGCUUUUAUUUUCAGCACUGUAAUUAUAGCUGACUCUUGUCAGGCACCUUACAUCAUCUCAUUUAAUUCUCACAACAGACUGAUGAAAUAUUUUCCCCAUGUUGCAGAUGAGAAGACAGAAUUCACUUGACCUAGGUCGUACAGCUAGUAAACGGCCAAGGCGGAAUGUGAAGCCUGGUAACCCGACGCCAUUGCAUGCAUUCCUAGAGAAGUAUGGAUACCUCAAUGAACAGGUCCCCAAAGCUCCCACCUCCACUCGAUUCAGCGAUGCCAUCAGAGCGUUUCAGUGGGUGUCCCAGCUACCUGUCAGCGGUGUGCUGGACCGCGCCACCCUGCGCCAGAUGACUCGUCCCCGCUGCGGGGUUGCAGAUACCAACAGUUAUGCGGUCUGGGCUGAGAGGAUCAGUGACCUGUUUGCUAGACACCGGACCAAAAUGAGGCGUAAGAAACGCUUUGCAAAGCAAGGUAACAAAUGGUACAAGCAGCACCUCUCCUACCGCCUGGUGAACUGGCCUGAGCGCCUGCCGGAGCCGGCAGUUCGGGGCGCCGUGCGUGCCGCCUUCCAGUUGUGGAGCAACGUCUCAGCGCUGGAGUUCUGGGAGGCCCCAGCCACAGGCCCCGCUGACAUCCGGCUCACCUUCUUCCAAGGGGACCACAACGAUGGGCUGGGGAACGCCUUUGAUGGCCCAGGGGGCGCCCUGGCACACGCCUUCCUGCCCCGCCGCGGCGAAGCGCACUUCGACCAAGACGAGCGGUGGUCCCUGAGCCGCCGCCGUGGGCGCAACCUGUUCGUGGUGCUGGCGCACGAGAUUGGUCACACGCUCGGCCUCACCCACUCGCCCGCACCGCGCGCGCUCAUGGCGCCCUACUACAAGAGGCUGGGCCGCGACGCGCUGCUCAGCUGGGACGACGUGCUGGCCGUGCAGAGCCUGUAUGGGAAGCCCCUAGGGGGCUCAGUGGCCGUCCAGCUCCCAGGAAAGCUGUUCACUGACUUUGAGGCCUGGGACUCCCACAGCCCCCAAGGAAGGCGCCCUGAAACCCAGGGCCCUAAAUACUGCCACUCUUCCUUCGAUGCCAUCACUGUAGGCAACAGCGACUAUAUAUUUUUAAAGGGAGCCACUUCUGGGAGGUGGCACCUGAUGGCAACGUCUCAGAGCCCCGUCCACUACAGGAAAGGUGGGUCGGGCUGCCCCCCAACAUUGAGGCUGCUGCAGUGUCAUUGGAGGAUGGAGAUUUCUACUUCUUCAAAGGGGGUCGAUGCUGGAGGUUCCGGGGCCCCAAGCCAGUGUGGGGUCUCCCACAGCUGUGCCGUGCAGGGGGCCUGCCCCACCACCCCGACGCCGCCCUCUUCUUUCCUCCUCUACGCCGCCUCAUCCUCUUCAAGGGUGCCCGCUACUACGUGCUGGCCCAAGGGGGACUGCAAGUGGAGCCCUACUACCCCCGAAGUCUGCAGGACUGGGGCGGCAUCCCUGAGGAGGUCAGCGGCGCCCUGCCGAGGCCUGACGGCUCCAUCAUCUUCUUCCGAGAUGACCGCUACUGGCGCCUCGACCAGGCCAAACUGCGGGCGACCACCUCAGGCCGCUGGGGCACCGAGCUGCCCUGGAUGGGCUGCUGGCACGCCAACUCAGGGAGUACCCUGUUCUGAAGGCACCUCCUCAUCUCAGAAACUGGUGGUGCUCUCAGGGCAAAAUCGUGUUCCCCACCCCUGGGGCAGAACCCGUCUUAGAAGCCUCUGAGUCCCUCUGCAGAAGACCAGGCAGCAAAGCCCCCAUCUGGAAGUCUGUCUGCCUUUGUUCCUUGAAGAAUGCAGCAUUGCCUUUGUCUGUUCCCACCACAUGGAGGUGGGGGUGGGAUCAAUCUUAGGAAAAGCAAAAAAGGGUCCCAGAUCCCUUGGCCCUUUCCUUCAAGGACUUCUAUCCUCCCCAGGCCUUUGUUUCUUCUGCUAAAGGUACAGUUCCUUUCAAGAGGUGACAGCACUGGGAUCCAAACAGCAGGAUGAAAAACUCAGCAGAGAGAUUAGAGACCAUUUUGCAAGACUGCCCUUCUCCUCAGGACCUCCUGGCUCAGUUCUUAGAAAACGGUGUCAUAUUUAGUCAGAGGCUGCACCCCCAGGAAGCAUGGAUGGGGAUGAGGGCAUAGGUGUCUCCAACCUCAGAGGCCCUUUGUGGGGUCAGGACGCAGAGUGGGAGGGAGACUGAUGCAGGCCUGCCAGUCCCUGGCUUUUUGUCCGGGGCUAGAAUAAAGAGGGGCCUUCAGCUGGUGGGCCAAGAGGCAGGAAGCA